AUGCUAUUUGUGGACGUCUUCUCCUGUGGAGCGUUGAUGCUCUGCUGCGCCUGGCUCUGUGCAGCCCUGCAGGUCUCACAUGGACAGCAGCUGAUGGACGACCCCGCAGUGACAGAGCACACCCCUCCAUCAGCCUCCACAGUCUCCCAUCACGCCCCUCACAGUGCACCGUGCUUUGUGGAUGACAUAUUUGCAGCGCUGCGUGAAGGUGUUGAGAGCGACGGUGAACUCACAAACCGCAGUUUGUCUCAGUUUGGGAUCUGCACUGAAUCUGACAGCUCUUCAGUCUUAUUACAGCUGGCUAAGGAAACAAACAAAAACCAGGGAAAUGGAUUGGAGGUUUUGCAUCCAGGUGGAGGAGUCAGAGGUGUCAAAGAUGAGACGGGAACUCUCGUGUUGACCUUUGACCUCUCACUGUCCCCUUUGCUGAAGGUGAACCCUGUGCUGCUGUUGGCGUUUGAAAGUCCGCUCACAGGACGAAACCUGGAUAUCACUUUCACGAGUCAGUCGCUGCAUCCAAGCACACAGUCUGUGUGCAUCUCAGGAGAAACGCAGUACAUAGUGCUGACAGGAAAAGCAACACAAGGCAACGUUCAGCAGACUUGGAUGAUUUCUGUUGAGACAAAAACCCCUGACAUGAACCAAAUCCUAAAAGACAUCCUCAUUGGUGGAAAACCAGGAAGUAACACCAGCGUCACUCCUCUUCUGCUUUUCUCUGUGGAAAGAGGAUCUGAUACAAGACAUACACACGCCUCUUCACACACCUCCUUCUUCUGUGAGCUGAAGCGUUUCCUGCGUGACGUCCUGCCUCAGGACCACUCUGCGUCCCCUCCCCUCCAGCUGGACUCCCUGCAGUCCCUGCCUCCUCUCACGCUAGACUUAUCCUCCAGCGAGACCCUGCUGGCAGGAUUGAUCAACUCCUCCUCCCCCACCAUCUUCUCCUUCACCGGCUGUUGCUCCAUGUUUCAGACGCACGAUGGAGAGCUGGCCUUGUCUCCUGCGCUGCUGGAGGAGGUCAAGCGCAGGUUGGAGCAAACUGUGGUGCAGAUAAUGGAGGUAAUAAUGGAGGAGGAAGUCGGUCACAGAGCUGCAGAGAGGCUGGGAAGGCUCAGAGAUCUCAGUGCAUUUCCGAAGACGGAACCAGCAGCAGGAGGGAGCCAGUACCGUGCGUUCCUCCUGCUGAAGGCCCUACAGACGGUAGCCGGUGCAUAUGAGGUGCAGAGAGGACUGCGGGCGACCAGAGCUGGACCCAACAACCCAGCGAGAGGCAACCUAUGUGGGCUGAGGAGCCUCACUGUGUCCCUUGAAAAGCGUGUUGUGGGACCAAACACUGCCAACAUCAACAACUGCCAUGGCUCCUGUGCUUUCCCCAUGGUCAACACCAACAACCACGCCGUCCUGCUCAGCUUCCACAUCGAGAGUGAGAAUGCAGACGAGCGGGCGCCGUGUUGUGUGCCUGUGGCCUAUGACGCCCUGGAGGUGGUGGACUUGAACGAACAUGGGACGUACUUGUCCAUUAAACCAGAUAUGGUGGCGAAGGAGUGUGGAUGCCGUUAAAGCUGUUUUUGUCUUGGAGUGAAGUUGUGACAUAAAAGAUAUUUCACAGA